AUGGCCAAGCUUGCUGAUUUCGGAAUGGCGACGACUGUGGCCGGUCCAUUGACAGAAAUGUGCUCGACUCCGACAUACGUGGCACCGGAAGUGCUCUCCCGUUCGGGCUACACUUACCAGAUUGAUCUUUGGAGUCUCGGCGUUAUCACUUAUAUUCUGCUUUCAGGCUCUCCCCCAUUCCGUGCAGAAACAAAGGACGCCAGCUACAAUUUGAUCCAGCAGGGACAGUUUACGUUUACGGCGUCGCAUUGGAAUAACAUUACGCGCGCUGCCAAGCACUUCAUCUCCUCGCUGCUCGUCGUGGAUCAGAAUGCUAGACAGACCGCACGAUCAGCGUCAGGCCAUCCCUGGCUGCAGAUGAACACAAAGGAAAACUUGCCAGACCUCUACCGACAGGUUACAGAAAAUUUAAAAACAUACAGCAGCAACCAAUACCAAUGA